ACAUUGAAAUUGAUUAGAUAAGACGAUUUAUGGUAAACGCCUUAUCCUUUUUAUCCAAUUGCGAUUGCCAUUCCCCUUUCUCCUGUCUUCUUCCACAGCAUAUCUGAUCAGAUCAAACAAUUUGGGGGAGAUGAUAAGACGAUCUACACUACUCUGAGCUUUUGAAUUUCUGCUGUACAACAACCAUGUCGUGCAUCCACAACAGCCCAUUACCUUGUUUCUCUGCUUCCUCUUCUUCUUUCCCAAGACGCCAUCGAUUCGCUUCUUUUAAACCUCGAAUUCGUUGUGCUCUUGGAGGAACUGUAGCAGAGCCAAAACCCACCAUUUCUACAGAACCAUUGUUGCUUAAUGCUGUUCGUGGAGAAGAUGUGGAGAGACCCCCAGUUUGGUUGAUGAGGCAAGCGGGGAGGUACAUGAAGAGUUACCAAAUCAUUUGUGAAAAAUACCCUUCAUUUCGUCAAAGGUCAGAAAAUACAGAUCUUGUUGUGGAAAUUUCUCUACAGCCAUGGAAUGUCUUUAAGCCUGAUGGGGUGAUCUUAUUCUCAGACAUCCUAACUCCACUUUCUGGGAUGAAUAUUCCCUUCGACAUUGUCAAGGGCAAGGGCCCAAUUAUCGCCAAUCCUAUAAGUGAGGCUGCUCACGUUGACCAAGUGAGGGAAUUUGUCCCUGAAGAGAAUGUUCCAUAUGUUGGGGAAGCUUUGACGAUCCUGCGAAAAGAGGUUGACAACAAAGCAGCUGUUCUAGGUUUCGUCGGGGCUCCUUUCACCCUCGCAUCGUAUGUCGUCGAAGGUGGUUCAUCAAAGCACUUUUCAAAAAUAAAAAGGCUUGCUUUCUCUCAGCCCAAGGUUCUUCAUGCAUUGCUCCAGAAGUUUACCAGCUCAAUGGCGAGGUACAUUCAAUACCAAGCAGAUAGAGGAGCACAAGCGGUUCAAAUCUUCGAUUCAUGGGCCACCGAGCUCAGCCCCGUGGACUUUGAAGAAUUCAGUCUUCCAUACUUGAAGCAGAUUGUUGAGUCCGUGAAGAAAACACAUCCAGACCUCCCACUGAUUCUUUAUGCCAGUGGAUCUGGUGGCCUACUUGAAAGGCUAGCUUCAACCGGUGUCGACGUCGUUAGCUUAGACUGGACGGUAGAUAUGGCUGAAGGUAGGAGGCGAUUAGGAGCAGACGUAGCAGUUCAGGGCAACGUCGACCCCGGCGUUCUCUUCGGUUCAAAGGAGUUUAUCACCAACAGGAUUAACGAUACUGUGAGGAAAGCAGGUAAAGGGAAGCACAUUUUGAAUCUAGGCCAUGGUAUUGUUGUUGGUACACCUGAGGAAAAUGUAGCUCAUUUCUUUGAGGUUGCUAAAGGAAUUAGAUACUAGUGGAUUGCUGAGAAUGAUUGAUUAUGUUUAGGUGAAUUUUUGUAGUGUUGUAAACUUAAUCUUCACUGUGUGGGUCUCAGAAGAGCAUUUUUAGUGAUAAUAUUAUUUUAGUUCUUGAUUAAACUUGGUA